CAACCUCACUCUACUCUGCACUCUGCUACUAUCAAGUAUCAACUAUGAAAUGAUAAAAUAUCCCUCUCCCUCCAAAAUGGUUUCUGCGGUCCGAUUCUAGCCAAACUCGGCGACACAUGUGGAGGUCCAUGCGAACCGUGCGCUCCAAACUCUUGCAACACCACACCUGCGUCUCCGACACCCUAACGCCAAACACCAAGUCCCUACAAUUACGGAGGAGCUGGCUGAAGCGUUAAGCGAUUAUUCGGCAUGCAGUAGCGAUAUUUCGGGUGAGCUCCAGAGGUUGGCCAGAUCGGAACCUGCUGCUCACGUCGACCUCGACCUCCACCCUUCCCUUCUCUCCGCCGAGACUAUCUGUAUAAGGUGUGUUCGGUGAGGCGGAACAAGGAGAGGGCGGUGAGGGCGCUGGUGGAGCUGGUGGGCGAGCAUGGGAGCGGGAUGGCGGAGAAGGCCAUGGUGGUCCUUAAUAGCUUGGCGGGCAUUCAGGCGGGGAGGGAGGCCAUUGUUCAGGAAGCUGGGAUUCCUGCCCUCGUGGAAGCCAUUGAGGAUGGCUCCGUCAAGGCCAAGGAGUUCGCUGUUUUCACUCUUGUUCACCUCUCUGCUCACUCUCUUCCCAAUCCAGCCUUGCUUGUCAGAGAGGGUGCCAUUCCUCCUCUCGUCGCUCUUUCGCAGAAUGCCUCUCUUCCUGCUAAGCACAAGGCUGAGACCCUCCUUGGAUAUUUGAGAGAAUCAAGACAUGAAGCGUCCUGUUCAAGUCCUUAGAGAAGUAAUUAACCCUUUGGAAGGCCAUAGGGCGUUAAAUCACCUUUCAUCUGUUUCCACUGAAUACCUCGGAGUCAUAUUAGCACCACCAACCGGGACAUAACUUUCGAGUGACUUUCACGUAAUUUCAUGUAACUUGGAACUCUUGAAUUCUUGCUUGCUUACUGGCAAAUCCCAAAAAGUACAUAUUGUACCUUUCCUUUCAAAAACUGAUAUGUAAUUACGGUGGAAUUUUUUAUACCUUUCUUGCUUAUCGGCAAAUCCUAAAAGGCACAUGUUGUAUCUUUUCUUUCUAAGGCAUGUUAUGUUAUAGGCUGGAAUGAAGUUGAUAAAAAAAAAUAAUAUCCAUUCUUGGUAAGAUUGACAUAAGCGGGUAAGCCAGCAACAUUAUGCAUGUGGUUCGUUAUUCUUUUGGAAUGCAAGUUUUGUCCAAUAUUAUAAGAGAUAGGCAGUUCGGAGGUUUGGGAAAACUAUAA